AUGAAUAUAAAAGGAAAAAAAUAUCAACAAAGAGGUGAAAAAGAGAGAUUUCAAAAGAAAAAUUUAUUCAUACCCUAG